AUGUCGCCGUUGCGAAGGUUCCCGCGCAUCUUCAGCGUAGGCCCGGAGUUGCUCAAGCCCAAUUCUCUCGCCAAGGUCCCGACGGCAGAUCUCUUCACAAAACUCGGCUUUUUCACCCAUCCCAAACCUGGCCUCGUGCAUUGGUUGCCUUUGGGAACCUCUGUUCUCGACAAACUUACUUCGAUCAUCCAUCGGCAUAUGCGAAACUCCGGUGCGGAGGAGGUUCGUAUGUCUGCGUUAUCGCCGGCAGCACUAUGGCAACAAACUGGCCGCUGGACAGGCACCGAAUUAUUCAAGUUACAUGACUCCAGUGGCAGCGAGUAUUGUCUUGCAGCCACUUGCGAGGAGGACAUCACGGCUGUAGCUGCAGCGCAGAUCGCGUCGUAUAAGAGCCUUCCAUUGUUGUACUACCAGAUCAACACCAAAUUUCGUGACGAGAAGCGGCCGCGGGCGGGACUUCUUCGUGGACGCGAGUUUAUCAUGAAGGAUGCGUACUCUUUUGAUGUGUCUCCUGAGGCCGCCAUGGAGAGUUACGAGGAAAUGGUGGCUGCGUAUCACAGGGUGUUUAGUGAGCUCCGAGUGCCCUACGUGAAGGCAGAGGCGUCCACGGGCGAUAUUGGCGGCUCGUUGUCUCACGAAUGGCAGUAUGUGCAUCCCUCGGGUGAGGAUACCUUGUUCAGAUGUACCGGCUGCGAUGCCGUGCUGAAUGUAGAGAAGACCCUAUCUUUCCCUGCUGAGGAUCCUGCCAAUGGGAAAGCGGGCGGGCCUGUCUCAGUAGAGUACUUCGUAACAGAUGAUAAGAACACUCUUGUAUGUGCAUAUUUCCUGUCUGAUCGGACUUUGCUUCCAAACUUGCUUCAGGAUGAGGUUCCAGAAAUUGACUUGAAAUGUGGACUUACACAGGACCAAAUCCUUGCUCUUUUCAGUGGCGAAGAUGCGCUUUUGUCGAAAAACGUUAUUCGUGUUAUGGACCUGCGUCUCCAUUCGCGGUCUAACUUCCCUGACUUCCCUAUUAAGUUCGUCAGUCGGGCGCUGAUCACAACACUCACAGACAUUCCUAUUGUAGAAGCGGUUCAUGGAGAGAUUUGCGGGCAAUGUAGCGAAGGAGUCUUGGAGUCUAGCCGCGCCAUUGAGGUUGGGCACACCUUCUAUUUGGGUGAGAAGUACUCCAAGCCACUUCAGUGCACAGUAUCUGUCCCAGGCAACGACGGAACUCUUGAAACAGUGAAUGCUUUUAUGGGUUGUUACGGUAUCGGCGUGAGUCGAUUAAUUGCAGCCAUUGGCGAGAUCAACAGAGACCUGAUGGGUUUCCGCUGGCCUGCGUGUAUUGCGCCAUGGAGUGCGACGGUUAUCAAUGCUUCUACGGACUUCUCGAAGAGCGAAAGAGUAGUUUCAGAGUUGCAUGAUGCGGGUGUUGAUGUGCGCUGUGACGACCGUGAGGGUCUUGGAUUGGGGAGGAAAAUUAAGGAAACAAAGCUAGUUGGAAUCCCCUUGGUAGUCAUAGUCGGCAAAAACUUCCCGAUUGUUGAAGUCGAGAUCCGAGGCAAGAAAUACAACGAUCUGUGGAAGUCACUCUUCGCUCAAGACUCCGAGGGAUGGGAGGUCGAAUACCUGGAGGAUGGCACCAGCGACAUUAAACACAAGGUCCACAUUGAGCGUCUCGGCAGUGUUGUGGCCAGUCUUUUGAAAGACAUGUAA